AUGCCAAGGGUCACCUUUGAUAGCCUAGAAAUCAAUCCAAAGGAGUUGAAGUCUACUAAAAACCCACUGUUGGGGUUUGAUGGCAAACGGGUAGAACCGAUCGGCACAGUGGAGUUGAUGGUACGCGCAGCUGAAAAAAACCUUGUCGAAAGUUUCGUGGUGGUGGAGAUCCAUCCCUCCUACAAUCUGCUGAUGGGUAGGGGAUGGAUCUAUAGGGUACAAGGAGUCCCAUCGACCCUACAUCAGGUGAUGAGAUGCAUAAGUCCAGACGGGAGCAAGGUGAUAGAUAUACGUAGAGAUCAGGUCGCAGCAAAAGAGUGUUACUUGGUAACUCUAAAAGCUGCAGGGAAGGGACAAACUCAUGCCCGAUCUGCUGAUGAGCAAUAA